AUGUUUCACAUUACUAGUUGCUCUAAUGGAACACCGACAUAUCGUGGUACUUUGCCAACCAGAAUACAAACAAUGCCCAGUGCAUUUUCUCAAAAAGCCUUUUUAGGUGGAAUCCAGUCAGAUAUAAUAACCGAAGCUGAUCUAUUGUCAAUACUACGACGAUUUGGUAAAUGUCAACUUAAAUGGCCGAAAAAUGAUACAUCUGGUUCAUUAAUUCCAGGCUUUUGUCACGUGAUUUAUCGUGAUACACGAUCUGUAUUAGAACUAUUGAAACACUGUACUCACCGUCAACGUAGUUCAGUUGAUUAUUUUCUUGAAAUUCAUACAACGACAGCAUCAACAUCAUCAUUAUUUUUUGGAAAUAAUAAAAGAUCAACCAAACUUAAAAUGAUUCAAGUUGUACCAUGGAAUAUACACGAUAAUAUUUGUGUCGUUCAACAAUUAGACAUUAGUAGUAGUGGAACGAAGGAUUGGUCACGAACAAUUUUCAUAAGUACAUUACAUGGAAAAAUAUCAGCAUAUGGUCUAGCUGUAAUUAUGUCACAAGUGUUUGGCAGGGUAUCAUUAGCACAGUUGAAUACAGAUAAAUACGGCUAUCCAACUGGUACUGCUACAGUAUUAUUUAGUGAUUCAUUGGGAUAUAUGCGUGCAGUGGCAGCUGGAUCAAUCGACAUUAAAUGUGAAUGUUUUCAUAAACUACUUGAAAUUGAUCCAUUUCUUCGUGAAAAUGAACUGUGCUAUUAUUGUCCAAAUAUUGCCGAUAAUUUUUGUCGAAAUUUUCGUUGUUUAAGAUCCUAUUGUAAUUCAUGCUGGAUUAAAAAACACGGUACAAAACCGAUGGCAUCUUCAAGCGAUCAUCCACCAAUAUCUAGACGGCAACAAUCAUUUCCGUUAGCUACAUUAAAUUAA